AUGCAAGAUUUGUUUGACAAAGAAGAUAUUGACGAUGACAGUGUAGUUGAUAUGAUGUGUAUUUUUGAAGUUACUAUUAGCCAACCAAAGGGUAAUAAUGAGAAAGGUGAUGGAUUCCAAGAUGCAAUGAAUGCUAUUCUUCAAAAUAUUCUUCAUGGUAAUGAUGAAAGAGGUGUUGAGGAUGUUAAACCUAGCCUGGCAAAAAUACUUGAUGAGGUUGGAGAUGCAAUAGAUGCUAUUCUUAAAAUGAUGAAGCUAGAUCUAGAAAGUGUAGUAGACCUACUUGGGACAGGAUAUAACAUGGCUGAAAUAGAGAUCGUGAGAGGGGUACAAAUUGAAUUGGAUGAUAUGCCACCAGAUGUAAAUGAAGUUGAGGAUAUUCCAUAUGUUGAUGGUGUGUUUGAAGGAAAUGAGGUUGAAUAA